CCAACGCCGCGCCCAACUUCUACUACAAGAGCUGGCAAGCCUGCUCGGCCACCGAGGCCGAGGCCUUUGGCGAGAAAUUCACGUGCCCGGCGGACGCCGCCUUGAUGUGCGGUGCCGACGACGACGUCCGGGGCCUCUACUGCGCCGAGUCGGAGAAGCAGAGCUGUGCCGACAUCCUCUCCCCGAGCAGCAUCAACCCUGCCAGCCCUGGCGGCGCGGGCUGGAUGUCGCCGACCUUGAUGCUCGGCAGCAGCGAAAUGGUGGCCGCUGCCGCGGCCGACGGGUACGAUGGCGCCUACGCCGUCGUCACCUUCGACAAGCUUCCGCUCGGCACGUGCAUCGAGGUGACGCCCAGCAGCGGUUCCAGCCAGUUCGCCCCUAGCUCCGCCGUCCCACUCGCGCCGAAGCUCAAGGCGCAGAUCUUCAACACGGCCGCGAGCGCGGUGGACGUCUACAUGGCGGGUGGCGGCCUGGGCGCCUACAACGGGUGCAGCGCCGCGGGCAGCGAGACCGCCGUGCCUCCGGUCCCCUUCUACUCCAAGUACGCCACCUCCGCCAACACCGACUUUGUCAGCCACCUGCAGAGCAUCGGCUACUCGAACGCGGGGUCCCAGCUCGACAGCGUCGUCACGUGGCAGGGCGGGAUCCGCGGCGGUGCGACCUACGCCGCGUGCAUCGCCAGCGGCGGCAGCAAGCAGGCCUGCGCGCCGCCGGGGAAUGGAUGCAACGGGGGCGGCGGCAUCUGCAUCGAGGACGCCGAGACGGCGUGCGCGCUCGCCUUUGAGGGCGUGGGCAGCUACACGACCACCAAGGCCAUCGAGAGCUGCAAGUUCGCCUUUGCAUACGACCUGCACUGGAACCGCGACGUGCGGGUCGAGGUUGUGGCUUGCCCCGCCGGUCUGACCGAGGUGACGGGCCUGAUCCCGGCCAACCCCAACAACUUCCAAGGCCGGACCUUCGACACCUACACGACCACGAUGGAGGACUGCUCGCUCCCCUCCGCAUCGCGCCUCGGCAACACGUUCGACAAGGGGCCGUGGAGGCCCGGGUACGACGCCAUGUACGUCUCGAACCUGCUCGGCGAACAUUACACGACGGAGGACGCGCCCCUCCCGACCGCCGACACGCCGUGCGCCUAAGGCUCCGCGAAGGCUCUUAUGCGUCUCGCAGGCCAGCACCCCCUCGCUCCCUGCCCCGUUCAUUACUCCGACGCUGCCUUGUCCCUAGACUUCGCCCCAUGCGGCCACAUCCAGACACGACUUACAGUCCCGAAGCUGCCUUGUCACCGACGUCGUUCGAAGCUUGUUCGCAUGCGUGUCGGUAUUAGUGUUGAGUAUUCGUCUUCCUCAAAUAAAUAAAUAGAGUAGACAUCUCCAGGAGAGAUGGGCG